AUGUCAGUGGCUCUUCUAACCUUCCAACGAAGUGCCUUUGCGCCCGGGAUCGUCUCCAGAUCUCAGGCAACAUUGGCACCUGCUCUUCAGAAGCUGCAUGCCAAGUUAAAGAGUGAUGAACUGCAACCGGACAAUGCCCCAGACUACGUGAGGUUGAUCCUCAGAUCAUCGGUCUACGAUGUGAUUGACGAAUCUCCGAUAACACGAGGCGUAGGCUUGUCAUCACGACUCAAUACGAAUGUCCAGCUGAAAAGGGAAGAUUUACUACCCGUUUUCUCUUUUAAGCUGCGUGGUGCUUAUAAUAUGAUGGCCAAGCUUGCCGAAAGUUCCAGGUCGGGGACGCAGGGUGUCAUCGCGUGUUCGGCAGGAAACCAUGCACAGGGUGUAGCAUUUGCUUCGAGGCAUCUAAACAUGCCGGCGGUCAUAGUUAUGCCCGUGAACACUCCAUCAAUAAAAUAUCAAAAUGUAUCACGCCUUGGUGGACAGGUUGUGCUAUUUGGUAAUGAUUUCGACGAAGCUAAAGGUGAGUGUGCAAGAAUCGCAGAAGAGAGAGGAUUGGUUAAUAUCCCACCUUUCGACCACCCAUACGUCAUUGCCGGACAAGGCACAGUGGCCAUGGAAAUUUUGAGACAAGUUCACAACGCUUCGAAGAUUGGUGCCGUUUUCGUUCCCGUAGGUGGUGGUGGUCUAAUCGCUGGUGUGGCCGCUUAUUUGAAGAGAAUUGCGCCACACAUUAAAGUGAUUGGUGUCGAAACGUACGAUUCGGCUACCUUGAAGACUUCUUUAGAUGCUGGCCGUCGCGUACCAUUAAAAACAGUCGGCACGUUUGCAGAUGGUACUUCCGUCAGGAUGAUUGGUGAGGAGACUUUCCGGAUUUGUCAAAACCAUGUGGACGAAAUAGUGCUUGUAAACACGGAUGAAAUUUGUGCUGCCGUUAAAGACAUUUUUGAGGAAACUAGAAGUAUAGUAGAACCAUCUGGCGCGCUCGCUGUGGCUGGUUUGAAGAAAUACAUUACUCAGCUAAAUCCUGACGUUGACCACUCGAGAAAAACGUAUGUCCCAAUCUUGUCUGGUGCUAAUAUGAAUUUCGAUAGACUAAGAUUUGUUUCUGAGCGGGCUGUUCUGGGUGAGGGCAAAGAAGUUUUCAUGCUUGUAACCAUUCCAGACGUUCCAGGCUCAUUCAAGCAGCUACAACGGGUGAUCCACCCCAGAGCAGUUACAGAGUUUUCCUACAGGUACAACGAACGUGGCGAUAGCGACUCAUCCGGUGCCCCUAAGGCCUAUAUUUACACAUCUUUCGGCGUCGUUGAUCGCGAAAAGGAAAUCAAGCAAGUUCUCCAACAGUUACACGUCCUAGGUUUCGAAGCCAUUGAUAUUUCAGACAACGAAAUGGCAAAGAGCCACGGUAGGUACCUAGUAGGAGGUGCUUCUAAUGUUCAGAAUGAACGGGUCGUCUCUUUCGAGUUUCCAGAGAGACCUGGGGCUCUCACUAAGUUUUUGGAAGGCAUGAGUGACUCUUGGAAUUUAACAUUAUUCCAUUAUCGUAAUCAUGGCUCCGACAUAGGAAAAGUUUUGGCGGGUAUCUCUGUUCCACCAGAGGAUGACAAGCCUUUCCAAGAAUUCUUAGAUACCUUGGGGUAUGAGUAUAAUGAUGAAACGAACAACAUGGUUUAUCAAAAGUUGUUGAAAUAUUAG